AUCACAGCCACUACUCCAGAACCAGCACUGCAUGUGAAACUGCCUUCUGAAGAAACAAGUGAGGCCAAGACAAAAGAAAUACAGCAUUUCUGAAAAGCUCCAUUUCCAGGCAGAACGAUCUUAACACAGGCAACUCCAAGAUCCCCUUUUACAGAACACUGGAAAAUGUUCACCUCUAUCUAACGCGGCACUUUGAUGGGCAGGAGUGUCUUAAGUAUCAUGCCUACCAGGCAUUUAUAAGAUGACUAUCACAAGCAAUCAAGACAGCAAUCAACCUGGCCCUUCUAACAGGUCACAUCCAGAUGAGUACAAAAUUGCAGCUCUGGUCUUCUACAGCUGCAUCUUCCUGAUUGGAUUGUUCGUUAACGUCACUGCAUUAUGGGUUUUCAGUUGUACCACCAAGAAAAGAACCACUGUAACCAUCUAUAUGAUGAAUGUGGCACUAUUGGACUUGAUAUUUAUCAUGACUUUGCCCUUCCGAAUGUUUUACUAUGCAAAAGGUGAGUGGCCAUUUGGAGAGUACUUCUGCCACAUUCUUGGGGUUCUUGUAGUGUUUUAUCCAAGCAUUGCUCUAUGGCUUCUUGCUUUUAUUAGUGCCGACAGAUACAUGGCCAUAGUACAGCCCAAAUAUGCCAAAGAGCUCAAGAAGACAUGCAAAGCUGUGCUUGCCUGUGUGGGAAUCUGGACAAUGACCCUAAUGAUCAUGGUCCCUCUGCUACUACUCUAUGAAGACCCAGAUAAAGCUUCCUCCCCUGCCACCUGCCUGAAGAUUUCUGACAUCAUCCACUUCAAAGCUGUCAAUGUGCUGAACUUCACUCGACUGAUAUUUUUUUUCUUGGUUCCUCUGUUCAUCAUGAUUGGGUGCUAUGUGGUCAUUAUUCACAGUCUCCUGCGUGGAAGGACAUCUAAGCUGAAACCUAAGGUCAAGGAGAAGUCCAUAAGGAUCAUCAUCACACUCCUGGUGCAGGUGCUCAUCUGCUUCGUGCCCUUCCACAUCUGUUUUGCUUUCCUGAUGCUGGAUGGUGGAGAAAACAGUUACAACCCCUGGGGAGCCUUUACCACCUUCCUCAUGAACCUCAGCACAUGUCUGGAUGUGAUUCUUUACUACAUUGUUUCCAAACAAUUUCAAGCUAGAGUCAUUAGUGUCAUGUUAUACCGCAAUUACCUUCGGAGUGUGCGCAGAAAAAGUUUCCGAUCCAGUAGUUUACGGUCAUUGAGCAAUAUGACCAGUGAGAUGUUGUAGAGUAGAAAGCUGAUUUUCUCUAUCUCUUUAAAAUUCACUUUCCUAUUCCAAAUAGGUAUUACCAAGUCCCUUCUCCCAUUAAAACAACAAAAACUUUAAAACCUU